CCACUUUCAGAAUGAAGUCUCUGGACAAAAUGCUGGCUGACCGGGUGAUAAAAACCAUUAAUGAAUGUUUUGGUGAUGAUGUGACGAAGCUCAGAAAGGUUAAUGAAUACGAAGCUGACUUUGAGGAGAAAAAAGCUAGACUGGAGACAAGGUUAGAUCACGCCAAUUCUUCAGUUUCACAUGAGAUUCAAGAUUUGCUAAAUUCAGGAGAUAAACUGGAGAAGAGAGUUUCAGAUCUAACUGCUCAACAAGAUUCUCUUCUUAUUAUUGCUAGGGAAACUGCUGAGCAUUGUAGAAGGUUUUCUACAGAGAACAGAGAACUAUUGACUGAUAUAUCGUGUGUUAGAGGAGUAACACAGUACACUCUAUGGCUGCGACUGGUGGAGCAGGUCAGUCUAGACCUGUCUGUUUCUUUGGAGACCCGGGAUAAAGACCAGAUAAUAAAUGCGUACAAGAAAAUGCAGGAUGUAAGAACAGCGCUUCAGGAGUCAAAGUGUGAGAACUUGAAGAAGUAUGUAGAUGAAACUGUAGAACAUUGGCAUAAGAUUGUCACGCAGACCUACACCACCUCCCUGCAGUCAUCUCUAGACCUCUUCAACUGGCCUUUUAUAGAGUCCUUGGAAAACUCGAAAAAGUCGAUUGCUGAUCUAAUUCGAAUUGGUUCUGACGAUAUUCGAGCGCUGAGAGAUUCUAUCGAGCUUCUUCUGCUAGUUCAGCAUCCAGCAGAGCAGGGGGAGAAGUUCUUCCUAAACCUGCCGAUGAGGGUGCUCAUGAAACCUCUUCGGAAGAGGUUUAAGUUUCAUUUCCUUGGAACAAAAUCCACAAAUAACCCGUCCAAACCUGAAUGGUUCGUGACACAACUCUCAACCUGGGCAAUGUCUCACAGACAGUUUUUGACGGAGUAUGUACAGCCGGCCUAUGACAGGGUUGGUUCUCCCAUUUUCGCAAUAAGAGAGUUUGCGCAGGGUCUGGUUUGCUUGGCGGUGGAUAAGCUUUGUGUUGAUAUUCCCAUUGUAGUUGAAGACGACAUUUUAUUUGCUCACACUAUAGACGAAGCUAUAGGAUUAGCACGUGAUAUGAGCAAUAUUAUGCAGUAUAGUUCAUCCCAACCCAGUGUUCUUCAACCCUUGACAACACAGGGUAUAUUCUCCAGAUGGUUGAACAUGGAGAGGAAGUUUGCUUUCGAGAAGGUGGACAACUUGUUCAUGGAGCAGGGUACAUCCGUCUGGGAGUCCGAAGUAGGAGACAGUUUAACACCUAGAGCAGCAGAAACCUUCCUAGCUCUUCUACUCUCAGUUACAGAGAGAUAUAAGUUCUUAUCCGACUCUCAUCAUAGACUUGAGUUCCUUAAACUACAGUUGGAUCUUAUAGAGGAUUUUCGUGUCCGUUUGGUUCAAUUGGCUCGGACGGAGAAGAAGUCUCCACUGAGUUCUAACCUUUGUCCAAUUCUGAACACGUUGGAGCACCUUAUCCUUGUGCUGGGUAACUGGGCGGAGACCCCCUUCUUCCUCAAUCUACAGUUCCAGAAGAGCAAUGUUAAACCUGGCUCUGGGGAGGAUUUAGAACAGAGAGAGAAUACAAAACCUAAUCCCGACUCCGGUAUGGAGAAUACAGUGUUCGAGGAUAGUAUUGAGGAGCUUGAGUAUCUCAGAGAGAAUCUGAUCAACGAGGUGGUUGAAUCUAUAUACUACACUAUUACAGCGAGAUCGUUAAAAUACAGGACGGAGACGAAAUGGUUCAGUAUGUCGGACAGCGGGAAAACAAUAAGUCCUAAAAUUUGCGAGAUGUUGCAAAGUCUUGCUUUUGGUCUGGAUGCAGCUCGGAGAAGGAUAAACCCUGCUGCCUUCCAGCUAGUGUGGAGAAACCUGGCAGAUCGUCUUCACUCAUUUAUCAUUCAGGAGAUUAUACUCAGUAAUAAGUUCUGUAUAGAGGGGGCGGAGCAGCUAGAUUUUGACAUGAAAACUGGAGUUUUUCCAAUUUUCGGAGAAUUCUCCAAAUUCCCUCAAUCCUACUUUCCACAGCUUGUGGAUGCUUUGAAAUUGUUAAAAAGUUGUGCUGGUCCCCUGGUUCUAGCGUAUCAGGGUCUACUGGAUACCUGUGAAACCGGGGCAAUUAAUAUCCUGGCAGACCUGGGUAUUCAACAUCUCACCAGGGAUCGGGCUUGUCUCAUCAUCAGUACUAGGAUAGACCUGGAGUUAUGAUAAAGUAGUCAUGGCUGUACAUUUUUACGGGAGAUAAUCCUACUCCCGAUUAUAGUUUUCUUUCAGUGGUAGGCGAAUUUAUCAAUAUAAUGAAGACGACUAAGUUUAUUUUGGAAUUAAAAGAUGACAAAUAAUUGAAGAGAAGCUCUUUUAAUUGACAGCUUCUCUUUGUUUCAUGUGUUUAAUUAAAAGCUUGAUCAAAAUUUAAAUCGAACGUCGCCUUUAUUAUAUUGAUAUAAUCUCCUACCACUGUAUCAAAAUGAAGUUCUUUACCAAGUCUACAAUAACUUCUUGCAGUAAAUGUUGUUAAACUAAUUUACCAACAAAUGCUUGUUUUAGCUGAAAAUGAUUACAAUAAUACAAAACUGAUAUGGUUCAUUGUUGUUAUCGUUUCUUAAUCCAAUAUGUAGAAUAACCCUGAAUGAAAUGUUUUCAUGCUAAAUGGACAUCACCAUGUUUUUUAAUUACAUGUAAAAGAAAAAUGAUAAUUUAUUAUUUUCCUUGAAAAAUCUUGUCCCCUCUUAAAACACUUCAUCGUUAUUUUGAUCUAUAAUCGUCUCAAUUCAACCAGUUGUGAUAAAUAUCUAAAUAAGUUUGCUGAGUGCUGAUAAAAGAUGAAUUUUUAUGAUUUAAUGUUAACUAUUUAAUAUUUAAAAAAUAUUUAUAAAUUGCAUUUAUUUGUUUGUUUCA